CCCUCAUCUCCAUGCCCACACUUCACUCCCCAACGUAAACUCAUAAAAAAAAGCAUACACUCUACACGCAGAAAUCAAGAAACAAUGACAAUGUUUUCUUACAUUACAUUACUAGCAACCUUAACAAUAUUCAUCUCUACUUGUACAGUUCGAAGCUGUCCUCCUUCAGACAGGGCAGCUUUGCUAGCUUUCAAAGCAGCUCUCCACGAGCCUUACUUGGGCAUCUUCAAUUCUUGGGCGGGCACCGAUUGUUGCCGUAACUGGUAUGGUGUCAGCUGUGACAUGGAGACCAAAAGGGUUGCUGACAUUAACCUCCGAGGUGAAUCUGAAGACCCCAUUUUCCAAAAAGCUGGUCGGUCCGGGUACAUGACUGGUUCGAUCUCUCCUUCUAUUUGCAAGCUCAAGAGGCUCUCCAGUCUUACAAUUGCUGAUUGGAAAGGGAUCUCAGGUCCGAUUCCAGCCUGCAUUACGUCGUUGCCGUUCUUGAGGAUUCUUGAUUUGAUUGGGAAUCGGCUUUCAGGCCCGAUUCCGGAAGACAUCGGACGGUUGCACAGGCUGACCGUUUUGAAUAUCGCCGACAAUCUUGUAACAAGUAGGAUCCCGAGAUCCUUGACUAAUUUGUCGAGUUUGAUGCAUCUCGAUUUGCGUAACAAUCGGAUUUGGGGUUCUUUGCCUCGAGAUUUCGGGCGUCUUCGGAUGUUGAGUCGUGCUUUAUUGAGCCGAAAUUAUAUUGGCGGGACAAUUCCCGAUUCAAUUUCUAAAAUUUAUCGUCUCGCCGAUUUGGAUCUUUCCUUGAACAGAUUAUCGGGCGAAAUACCAGCUUCUUUGGGUAAAAUGGCAGUCUUGGCAACACUAAAUCUUGAUGCCAACAACUUAUCAGGAAAUAUACCUUAUAGUUUGUUUAAUUCAGCUAUUGGUAACUUGAAUUUGAGCAAAAACUCAUUUCAUGGAUAUCUACCGGAUGUUUUCGGUCCGGGAUCUUACUUCAUGGUUCUUGAUCUAUCCUACAAUAACUUUUGGGGUCUGAUACCAAAAUCUUUGUCCCAAGCAUCAUUUAUCGGGCACUUGGAUUUGAGUCACAACCGCCUAUGUGGGAGGAUUCCAGCAGGUCCGCCUUUCGACCACCUCGAAGCAUCAUCGUUUGCUUAUAAUGCUUGUCUUUGCGGUAAGCCACUCGGAGCUUGCAGGUAGACGUACGAGACUAUAUGUUUCGGUCAGCCGAGAUGGAAGUUAGUUUCAUUUUUUCGGGAUUGGUUAAAUACCACAUGUUUGUAUGAUUAUGAAAUGUAACAGUAAAGUGUGUUUAAUUAGUAACGUCGUUAGGGGAAUUAAAAAGGUUAAUUUCAUGCACGUAAUCUUGCACGAAACCAAGCUUUGAUGCAAUGAGUGUAACUAGAAACAUAGAUGUAAUACCAGAUUAUGUCAAAUCAAAUGAUAAAAGCAAAUUAAUGUUA